CAAGCCGGUGAAGUUAUGUAUCCAACAACAGAAGAAGAGCUCGUAUCAAUGGUGGCCACAGCUUCAAAGAACAACAGAAAAAUGAAAGCUGUAACGCGCUUCUCCCACAGCAUCCCCAAGCUGGUUUGCCCCGAUGGACAAAAUGGGUUGCUUAUAAGCACUAAAAAUAUGAACAAAGUGUUGGAGAUAGAUGCGGAAGCAAUGAGAAUGAAGGUGGAGAGUGGUGUGUCGCUGAGACAGAUAUUGAGUGAGGCAGCAAAAGCUGGAUUGGCUUUGCCAUAUACGCCAUAUUGGUGGGGUUUAACAAUUGGGGGGCUUAUGGCUACUGGUGCUCAUGGAAGCACUUUGUGGAGCAAAGGAAGUGCAGUUCACGAGUACGUUGUGGAGCUUCGAAUUGUGAGCCCCUCUGGACCUGAGGAUGCCUAUGCUAAGGUUCGGAACCUUAACGAAUCCGACCAAGAUCUUAAUGCAGCCAGGGUUUCUUUGGGUGUUCUUGGAGUUAUUUCUCAGGUUACCCUGCAAUUAGAGCCCCUCUUCAAGCGAUCUAUUACACACUUGAGCAAAGAUGAUUCUGAUUUAGGAGAUGAAUUGGUUAAUUUUGGAAGAACGCAUGAGUUUGGUGAUGUAACAUGGUACCCUAGUCAGCAUAAGGUUGUGUAUAGAAUUGAUGAUCGUGUCUCCGUAAAUACAUCAGGAAAUGGCUUAUAUGAUUUCUUCCCAUUUCGCUCCACACUCUCCGCCGCAUUGGCAGUUGUCAGAGCUACAGAGGAGCUUCAAGAAGCAACUUACGAUGCUAAUGGGAAGUGCAGUGGUGCAAAGGUGAUAACAGCAACGCUGGCAGGCAUUGGUUAUGGAUUGUCCAACAACGGUGUCUUUCUUGGGUACCCUAUCGUUGGACUCAGCAACCGCAUGCAGUCAUCUGGGACAUGUUUGGAUAGUUUAAAUGAUGGACUGAUCACAGCAUGUCCAUGGGACUCCAGAGUCAAAGGGGAAUUCUUUCACCAAACAACAUUUAGCAUUCCCUUGUCAUUAGUAAAGAACUUCGUUGAAGAUGUGCAAAAGCUUGUCGAGUUAGAGCCGAAGGCACUGUGCGGAGUAGAACUGGAAAAUGGAAUCCUUAUGCGCUAUGUUACAGCUUCCAGUGCAUACCUUGGAAAAACUGAGGAUGCUGUCGAUUUUGACAUAACAUACUACCGCAGUAAGGACCCGUUAGCUCCUAGGCUUUUCGAAGACAUACUUGAAGAGAUAGAGCAAAUUGGAUUGUUCAAAUAUGGAGGGUUACCUCACUGGGGUAAAAACAGAAACAUAGCAUUUCAGAGGGCAAUCAAGAAAUAUCAUAAUGCAUACAAAUUUUUGAAAGUUAAAAAGAAGUAUGAUCCGCAAGGACUUUUCUCUAGCCAAUGGACAAACCAGAUGCUUGGACUCGAAGAAGGGGUGACAAUAUUGAAGGAUGGAUGUGCUUUAGAAGGGUUAUGUAUUUGCUCACAAGAUAAUCACUGUGCACCAAAAAAAGGAUACUUUUGUAGAGUGGGUAGAAUUUAUAAGGAAGCAAGAGUUUGUAUCCGUGAUGUUAAGAAAACCCAUGAAAAAAAUGAUUUGAAGGAUGAGUUGUGA